GCCUGCCUCCACCCCCGGCGUGGGUGAUCCUGAGACUCGGCGCGCUUCGGGGUAGAAGCCCGGAGACGCCGUCGUCGACGCCGUCACCUCCAGCGCUUCUGCCGCUGCCUGCGGUCCCUCAGCCCCUUUCCCUGCCCGCGGUCCCCAGUCGGUCCUUUCGCCGAGCCCCUCGGGGUGCCGUGUGCUUCAGGCAUUGGACUGGUGCCGAGGGGGCUGCAGGCGCGCAGACUCGCCCCCCGCCGGAGCGCCCCGGCCCGGCCCGGGAGCGGUCCCUUCUAGACGGUCGAGGAGCCUGCCGCGUGCCGUCCAGGCGCCCGACUGCCCACCGUCCGGCCGCCGGCCCGCUUCUUCCUGAUGCAAACUGCCGUCUACUAGAGAUUGGACGGACCCCCGAGAUCUGUACUGUCCAACCAAGUAUAAUGGAAGCCACAUAUGGAAUUUAAAAUUUUCUCAUAGCCACAGUUUAAAAAAGUAAAAAACAAAGAGGAAAGGAGAGGGAGAGAGAGAUAAAAACAUCAAUGAUGAGAGAGAAUCAUCGAUUGGCUGCUUCUUACAUGCCUCCCACGAGAGACAGAGCCUACAACCUGGAACGUGCCCUGGCUGGGAAUCGAACUGUAACCUCCUGGUUCAUAGGUCAAUGCUCAACCACCGAGCCACAUCAGCCAGGUGAUUCAUGGCAGGGGAGAUGGAAGGAUUCUGUUCCUCCCUCCAUGACACCAGUGUCUCUGCUGGGUUCAGAACACUGUAUGAGGAGCGACUGCUGCUUGAUGUCACUCUGGUUAUUGAUGACCAUCAGUUCCAUGCCCAUAAAGCACUUUUGGCCACCCAGAGUGACUACUUCAGAAUUAUGUUUACUGCAGACAUGCGGGAGCGUGAUCAGGACAAAAUUCACUUAAAAGGUCUAACUGCUACUGGUUUCAGCCACGUACUUCAGUUUAUGUACUAUGGUACUAUAGAACUGAGUAUGAAUACCGUUCAUGAGAUUCUUCAGGCUGCCAUGUAUGUUCAACUUAUAGAAGUGGUGAAGUUCUGCUGCUCUUUCCUGUUAGCGAAAAUCUGCUUAGAAAACUGUGCCGAAAUCAUGAGACUCUUAGAUGAUUUCGGUGUGAACAUCGAGGGAGUUAGGGAGAAGCUGGAAUCCUUUCUGCUAGACAACUUUGUGCCACUCAUGUCCAGGCCUGACUUCCUGUCUUAUCUGAGUUUUGAGAAGCUCAUGUCUUAUUUGGAUAAUGAUCAUCUGAGCAGGUUCCCAGAGAUAGAGCUGUACGAGGCUGUGCAGUCUUGGCUGCGGCAUGAUAGAAGACGUUGGAGACAUACCGAUACCAUUAUUCAGAACAUCAGGUUUUGCUUGAUGACCCCAUCCAGUGUUUUUGAGAAGGUUAAGACAUCAGAAUUUUACAGAUACUCUCGACAGCUGCGCUACGAAGUUGAACAAGCAUUGAAUUACUUUCAGAAUAUUCACCAUCAGCCUUUGUUGGACAUGAAAUCAAGCCGCAUCCGCUCUGCCAAACCUCAAACUACAGUAUUCCGAGGAAUGAUUGGACAUAGCAUGGUUAACAGUAAAAUACUCCUCUUAAAGAAGCCAAGAGUCUGGUGGGAACUAGAGGGCCCCCAAGUACCCCUGCGCCCGGACUGCCUUGCUAUUAUCAAUAACUUCGUGUUCUUGUUGGGUGGGGAAGAACUGGGCCCAGAUGGUGAAUUCCAUGCUUCUUCCAAAGUGUUCAGGUAUGACCCCAGACACAACUCUUGGCUCCGGAUGGCAGAUAUGUCUGUACCGCGUUCAGAAUUUGCAGUUGGUGUUAUUGGGAAGUUUAUUUACGCUGUAGCAGGCAGAACCAGAGAUGAGACUUUCUAUUCAACUGAGAGAUAUGACAUCAUCAAUGAUAAAUGGGAAUUCGUGGAUCCUUAUCCAGUUAACAAAUAUGGACAUGAGGGGACAGUGCUCAAUAACAAGUUGUAUAUCACUGGUGGAAUCACCUCAUCAUCCACCUCCAAGCAAGUGUGCGUCUUUGACCCCAGUAAAGAAGGGACCAUAGAACAACGGACCAGAAGAACUCAAGUUGUUACCAACUGCUGGGAGAACAAGAGCAAGAUGAAUUACGCAAGAUGCUUUCACAAGAUGAUCUCUUAUAAUGGCAAGCUUUAUGUCUUUGGUGGUGUCUGUGUGAUCUUGAGGGCCUCUUUUGAAUCUCAGGGCUGCCCUUCCACAGAAGUGUACAACCCAGAGACUGAUCAGUGGACCAUCUUGGCAUCCAUGCCAAUUGGUAGAAGUGGCCAUGGUGUGACUGUGCUGGACAAACAAAUAAUGGUUCUUGGAGGCCUUUGCUACAACGGUCAUUACAGCGAUUCCAUUCUCACUUUUGAUCCAGAUGAAAACAAGUGGAAGGAAGAUGAGUACCCGCGGAUGCCCUGCAAGCUGGAUGGUUUACAAGUGUGCAACCUGCAUUUUCCAGAAUAUAUACUGGACGAGGUCAGACGUUGUAACUAAUGACAUCUCUCUCACUUCAAAGCCAAACAAAAAAUUUGUUUGUGACAGAGUAGUUAAUUAAAAACAUAAGAAAAACCUCACCAGUUUUACUAUCAAAGCCAUUGGUCUAAUAGCAUAAAAAUUUUUCAUUCUGUGCUAGCAUCCGUUGUUUUCUUUUUUAGUGGCCUCAAACUCAUGCAAUAAGUUAGUUCUAAGCACUAGCUCUUGAAACUACUUCCUGAAUCAGUUUAAUAGAAUGAUACACUUAUCUGGGAAGCUGAUUUUAUGCUUUAAACAUUUCUCUCAGAUGUCACUGUAGGAGUCCUGCAUCUUCUAAGAGAAGACCUGAUAAGUGUCACUUGAUGUAAUUUCAGUUCCUAUCUUGAUCUGAAAUCUUUUUGAACAUUUAUUUCAGUCCGUUAGACCUUUUGGUUUUAUUGUUUAAGUUUAAAACUCUUGCCCUUUUUGCAUGGCUUUUUGCUGAAAAUGCAAAAAUAUAAAUUUUCUACAAAGUUAACUUUUUAUAUUCAAAACACUAUUUCUAAGCUGCCUUCUCUUAUCUGCAUUGUGUUAGUGAAAGCGUACUCAUACAUGCAUACAUCUUAUGAAUAUAUAAGGCACAUCCUCUUUUAUGCGUGGUUAGUAUUCUAUAUUUUUAAGCUAGUGCACUUGCACACACACAGUUUGCCAUACUUGUUGAAUUUUAGAUGUAAUGUCUUUUCAUGUAUUAACAUUUUUAGAAAGUUAAAAUAACUGGAGUCCUCAUUUGGUGUCAAAAUAGUCUAUCUUCAGUCCAUACUGAUUCAGUAAUAUUUGAACUCCUCAUAUUCCUGAAACAUGUAUGGAUUUAUGGAAACUAACAUUUUAUAUUUUAUUUUCAAAAGUAAACGUUAGUGUUCUUAUCGAUGUAUGUCUUCUUUUUGAACAUGUUUUUCUUUGCAGUCUGUUUAACGUUGCCCUGUUUUUAGUGAGAAUUGGAAUGAUAUAUGACAAGCCCUGGCCCUGCAGCGUGCAAGCACUUUUAAAGAGAAUUUAGGUAAUACCAGACUUCUAAGUAAGGCCCCUUAAAAGUAAGUGCAACUUCCAUUCUUUACAUUUAGUAAGGCUGCUGCAUCUGUUAUUGAAUGGAAAGUAGCAACUUGUGGAAAAUUUGAGCUCAGUUUUUGACUUAGAGUAUCAAUAGAAUUAUAAUCUAACUGGUCAUAUCUAUUUGUUUAUUUAGUACAAAAAAUUUAGCGGCACUGGGAUAUAAACCCUCAGCUUUUGUUUUGUUUUCUGAAAGCUACUAGCAUGAAGGACAGUAACCUCAAAGAGAAUGGAUGGAGAAUAACUGUUAAAAAGCAUUUAUAAUAAGUGUUUUAGGAUUAGCCGCACCUUUCAACUCGAAGGAAAAACAAAUGGUUGAAAAAGUUAAGAAGAAUAAUCAGGGAAUGGUUCAUUCAGAUUGAUGCCAUUUUUUUCCCCGAGUAGAGUCUCUAGCUGAUACAUACUAGAUCUACACUGGCAAAACUUGCCAGAUCUUAGGAUAUUGGUGCAAUAUUGCAAUGCCUUCUGUAUGGCUGUUGUAUAAAUUGUCUAGUUUCACUUUUUUUUUUUUUUGCUGCUGCCACCACUGAACAUGAGAUAGAAGAGUGAAGUCAUGGAAAUGUGAAGACUUUCCUUUUGCAGUUAAAUGAGACAACUAUUAUUUUAAUAGUCCAAAAUUGGAGGUGUUUGGGUUUAAGAAACUGGUACAAAAGUAGUUUUUGAAAAAGAAAAACAUUGGCAUUGGUUAUAGAAGUCAAAUUGCUGUUCUUUUGUAUAUGAGACUUAAAUUUUUAUUAGAUAAUUCUAUCAUUUGCUUUCUGUUUUUAAAAAUGAAACUCGGUACCGUUUCCCAUGGUAAUAUUUUCAUUUCAAAAAUCAUUUCUAAUUUUACUUUUGAAAACUAGGAUUAGCUAAGUCAUUUAAUUAUUUUUCUAAUAUAUUAGUUGGUUUAGUGUUUUGUAUGUCUGCUGCUUGCUUUAAAGGAAAUAACAAUGUCUUCAUCAUUUUCCUCAUUGUUGUCUUUUGCUGGAAAAGACUGAGACAGGGUACCCUUCAUCAGGCUUUUUACACUCCAGUGGUGGUUCUCUUAAUUGCUUAGAUAUGACUUCAUAGCCCUAGUUAAGGUAAGAUCUGGGCAAACAGUUGAAAUUCUUGGUUUUCCAUUCUAAAGUCAGAAGGCCAAGGUCAAAGCUCAUGUUUUGGAAAAUUUGUGAAAUCGUAACUUGAAGUAACUCUGGGUUCAGCUUCACACUUAAGUCAUGUCUGACCUGAUGUUAGCUGUAAUCAGUUUUAAGCUUUAAGAAUAGUUGCUAUUGCUUGGGUUCUUUAUGAAUGUAUGACUGAGAAAAUUCUUCUGUUUAUAUGUAGAGCUAAUUUAGGUUCUUUUAAAUCCAUGAUAACUUACAUUCCCUUUUCAAGUUAUGGUUUAAUUGCUGAAAGAGAUUUAUUUUUGUUAUACUAAACUAUGGAAAAUUUUCAUAGUUUUUUUUUCAAGUUUAUUUUUUGUGUGCUUCAUUUGAAACCAUUUUUGUUUGUGUACAUGGUAUGUGUUCAAGAUAAUAGUUCUUAAAAAAUUCAGUAAGAGAUAUGAAACUAUUCAGUGUAACUGUUGUGAUCUUUGUGUGUUAUUUUUCACUUUACAUUUUAAAUGCCAGACUUUACAAAAAUAGCUGAUCUUCAUUAGUUGCAUCUUAAUUAGAAAUGUUUGUUCUCUUCCAUGUCUUUGACCUAAGUUUUGACUUUAAUCUGCUUAAAGAAAAUUCUUGCACUACAACCUUUUCAUAAAACUCAAGAUUGUCUCAUUGAAGGUUUUGUAUUGGAAAAAAUACUACUGUUUUUUUUUAAAGCAAAGCUUAAUUAAUAGAAUUAUUAGCUUUUGAGACAGCUUUCUCUGUGUCCUCAUUACUCUGCUCUGUGUGAGUGUUACUAUAAUUUGUGAAAUAUUGACUGAGCCCUUCACUUAUCUUUUCUAAAGCAGCACCUUUGGACACCUCAUUCUGGGAAGCCUGCUCGAGUCAUAGUAAAGGACACACAUUUGUAUGGGGAGAAGUAAAAAUGGAGAGUUUUGUCUUAAUUACAAGAAACUAAGCUUUAAAAUAUUUUAUAACAAAUUAUUUGAGCUGCAUAAUCUAAACAUGUCAAACGUUCAGUGGGACUAUUUUUAUAUAUGUAUAUGUGGUUGUAGGUCAUAACAUUUCAGUUUAUAAUAUAAAUUGUUAUUUCAGUUUAUAAGCUAUAUCUCAAAAAAGGCUAGCUCUUUUGAGAAUACAUAAUUUAAAGUUUUAGAUUGAAGUGAAACACAACAUAGAUAAUAGUGAAAUUAGAUAUAAUUGAGGGCUAUAUAGCAGUAAAACUGCUAGUGCCAUUUUCUUGUUUGCCUAUUAUACAUUUUUUGAUUUUUUUUGUACUCAACAUUUUUAGGGAUCAUACAUUUGUUCGAUUGGAUUACAGUUGGUUUGGGAAUAAAUAUCUUCUAAAAAGAGAUUUAUCUUAAAAACACAAGUCCUAGGAAAUUCGUUUAUUGAGAGUUUAUAAAGUCAAAUAUUCAAUAGACAUAGAAUGGAAUAAGUAAACUCAUGGAAGUCAGAUCCUUUCAAUAUAUCAGUAUAACUUCAAUAUUACAUGAGUAACACUAAUGAGAAUGCCAUCAGCUUGGUUUGUUCCCUCUAAUAUUCUUGGAUUUUCUUUUUACAUCCUUGGGAACAAUUGCAUUAAAAAAAAACAUUAAUCAGUAUACUUGUAAGGAUUAGGAGUUUGCUUUCUGAAGGAAUGUUCCUGUGAGGUGGUUGGAGAGGUUAUUUUCUACCUAACUUAUAUAUGCCCUAUACCUCUUGGGCAUAUUUUGUCUAUUAGAAAAAUAUUUUUGACCUUUAGGUACAUUUUGGGCCAACAGUCAAAUAAUCCUAGGACAGAUUAAAAAAUCUUAGAAUAAUUUAAGGUUUGCCUUUUAUACCUGUUUUGAAAGCCUUUACAUUUUUGUCAGGUAAUUUUUCCCAAACCGUGAAUAUAAUCUAUUCAAACAUGUUUAUGCUAUCCAUUCUGUUUUUAAA